CAGUUCCACUCAGAUAACCCCUAACCAUCAUUGGACCUCAAGCCAAGCUGUGACCCCAGGGCUUGAACUAUGUGGUCAUGUGACCAGGCAGUAAAGUGACCAGUGGUGUUGGCUUAGGAGUCUAUGCUCAGAGAGAGGACAGUCUGUAGACGGAAGAGGUUGUUUGUCAGAGAGACAGAGACAGAGACAGAGAGACAGAGAGAGAGAAGGACAAGAGUCAUGAGGCUCCCAUGCCCUGUGGCUUUUCUUUAGCGGAAUCUGUGCAUGAAUGGCGUCCCUGCAAAUUGGGAGAAGCAUGAAAUGGAUACAUGGGAAGAUGAUGCAGCUGACCCACGUGUUUGCCUUAUCUGUGGAGACCGCGCCACAGGACUGCACUAUGGCAUCAUCUCCUGUGAGGGCUGCAAGGGCUUCUUCAAGCGCAGCAUCUGCAACAAGCGUGUGUACCGAUGCAGCCGAGACAAAAACUGCGAAAUGUCGCGCAAGCAACGCAACCGCUGCCAAUACUGCCGUCUGCUCAAGUGUCUACAGAUGGGAAUGAACCGUAAAGCAAUCAGGGAAGAUGGGAUGCCAGGAGGGAGAAACAAAAGUAUUGGGCCUGUCCAGAUCACAGAUGAAGAGAUUGAGCGGAUCAUGUCGGGACAGGAGUUCAAGGAGGAAGCCAGUCUGCCGGAGCACACCUGGAGCAACAACGGUGACAGUAGUGACCACAGUUCUCCUAGCAACGGCGCCUCCGAGGGCAACCAGCCAUCACCUGCUUCCACUCUAUCAUCCAAUCGUUCUUUAGAGAUGGGUGGUGGCUACACGGCUGCUGUCAGGGACCAGUACAUCAACGCCCCCAUGAACACCCCCUACCAGCUGCUACCUCACCUCUUUAGCUACGCUGCCCAGUCAGGUCUGCUGGCCCCCCAGCCCCGCAGCCUCUACCCCCAGUCACACCCCCUGGUGAUGCAGCUUGUGGCUGCAGAGGACCUGACUCCACUGGCCACCCCCAUGCUGAUAGAGGACGGGUACAAGGUGACUCAGGUGGAGUUGUUUGCGCUGCUGUGUCGUCUGGCCGACGAGCUGCUGUUUCGUCAGAUCUCGUGGAUCAAGAAGCUGCCGUUCUUCUGUGAGCUGUCUAUCGAGGACUACACCUGUUUACUCAGCUCCACCUGGCAGGAGCUGAUCCUGCUGUCCUGCCUCACCAUCUACAGUGCACAGAUCUUUGGAGACCUGGCCGACGUCACCGCCAAGUACACUCCCUCUGAUGAGGAGCUGCAGGGGUUCAGUGAGGAUAGCAUGGAGUUGAUGGAGAGGCUGAUCUAUCUGUUCCGCAAGUUCCACCAGUUGAAGGUCAGCAACGAGGAGUACGCCUGCAUGAAAGCCAUCAACUUCUUGAACCAAGAUAUCCGCGGUCUGACUAACGUCUCCCAGUUGGAGCAACUGAACAAGCGCUACUGGUACGUGUGUCAGGACUACACUGAGUACAAGUACCCUCACCAGCCCAAACGCUUCCCUGAGAUCAUGAUGUGUCUGCCAGAGAUCCGUUUCAUGGCAGGGAAGCUGGUGAACGUUCCUCUGAAACAGCUCCCCCUCUUGUUUAAAGCAGUUUUGCACUCCUGCAAAUCCAGCUUCAUCAGCAACAGGACAGGAAGUUCUCCCUGUACGACUACUACUGGUACCUCCCCCGGAAACUGAGCCCCGCACCCCGGCCCCAGGACCGCUCCUUGACAAGAAUCUUGCCUGGGGGGUGGGGCAAGGGACUGGUCCCCCUUCCUGUGAAUGUGACAAGCAAUUUUUGUUCUCUAUAUAUUUAUUACACGACAGAGCUGAAUGUAUGCUGAUUUACGCUGUGCACAUGCUUCUGUACAAACUAAAUGCACAUAGAUGCAUUGGUCUUUGGAGUUUACAAAUAUGUAUCCGAUUGCUCAACGUGUCGGUGUUGCCAUUGUUAGAACUAGAUUUUUAAGAUUUAUUUUAUUCGGAAUGGGAAUGGGUAUAAAUGAGUUGACAAGUGUUUUGAGACUACCUCAGGAAGAUGAUGUUGCUAUUUUCAGGUACCUUUUUCUCGCCGUUUUGAAAUGAAGAGGUUGCCCAGUCUAAAUCAAAUCCCUGUAAAUGCUAUAAACUCCUGAAUCAUAGAUGAUAAGUCGGCCUUUACCAUGACAUUGACCAAAGGCAUUGCUGCAUAUUCAAUUGAACCAAAGAUAGAAAAGCAUUCAACCCCGCAAACAACAAAUGAAUGUCCUGAAUUUCCCACUAGUACUGGUGUAUUUUCUCACUUCUUGUAGUAUUUUUGUACACUCUUUCAUACAACCCACAAACAGACAUCCUGUAGGGAUGGCCUGGUCAAUGUAACAUUCCUUGUCUUUCAGUGAGAUUAAAUUUUGUUGGAUUGUGGGAUCUUCAUAGAAAACAAGCAUACGGGUAUUUUCUACAAUCAUAGACUGCAGAGCAAAUUUAGUUGCAGGGGUAGGGGAAAUUUGUUAUUAGCUUGAAUGAGAUUUUGUUUUGACCAAAGUGAUAUGCAAAGUUUUUUAAGCAGCACCCAUAGAUUGGUGAUUAGUCGAUAGCUCAGUGUAAUGAUUUCUUAUCAAUGAAGGACCAGGAUAAGAAAUGAAUCAAUCUGUGUAAGAGCCAGAGGGGAGACCCUCAGACAGACCGUGUAGCUUGUUCUUAUCCUAACCCCUAGGCUGAGACACCACAAACAAGGGUUCCACUCUCUUCUCUCCUAGUCCCUGUUGCACACAUCUAUUCCUCCAGACAUACAACCCAUCUUGGCUUUCAGCCCUCCACUGGUACUUCCUUGCCCAAACCUGAGCCUCUGCACAUGCUCACUGGGUUGGUGGUCCGAUCCGCACAGUUAGGCUACAAGGAAAUGUUGGCUUGUUCAUUUGUACUACUACAUUUGUAGACAGUGUUGGGUUUAGAAUGCUCAGGUGACUACAUUUUGGCUGCAACAGAGGAGAGAUGGAGGAGACAUUAGGGGCAUUAGGGUCUAUUAAUCUGGUCUGGGUUGACAGACUAGAGGUUACUUCUGGCUUGCACACAUUGUUUAAAAAAGCUAUAUAAAGAAAUAGGUUCUUUAUUUAUGAAGUAUGAGAUGAUCAUUUCAACCAGCCGUUAGCCGUUUCAUAACAACCAUUGUUUAAAACUUUGGAGCAAUGCAGUCCUUGCAAUGACUCUCUUUUAUGCAUGCUGUGGUGAGGCAGGAGACAUUCUUUGACCAUUACAAUGGCAAAGUGCCCACCCCGUAUUCUCCUCUCUCUCAGGUCCUUGUGGACCGGUAUUUAAACAGGGUAAAGUGAGUGUUAUGUAUUGCAUUCAUGAGUUACUCAGUGAUCACUAUGCUGAUGUACUUGUAGGAUUCUUAAUUGUAGAAUUCUGGACAUUGUAGGUCCUUUUAGAAAGUGUUUUAUUUUUCAGUUUUUUCUGUUUUAUGAAAGUGGCUGUUGUUUAAGGGCAUGUUUUAAGACUUUAACUGUUGCUCCCAGUUCAGUGUUUAGCUUAUUUGUCUGAAGAUGGUCGGAGACAGGACUUAACAUCAGUAAGGUCAGAGAGGUCCCUUUUCCACUCUGAGUAUAACCAAGCUAACCUCAAUCAACAGGUGGGCUUACGAUUGCUGCCUCCAUCACUGGGUCUAGACUAGUCUGUCUAUAUCUUCUUAGCCUUAACACUGUACUAUACUGUACCAUCUAAUGUCCUGAACCACGCUUUGAAUAAUUUCACCAAUGCAGUGUUCUUUGUUUCAGUAGUUUCAAUUAGCCACCUUUCCAUGUUUUGUUGUGAUACAUUUCAUGUAUUUAGUUUUUUGGAGUGAAAAAGACCCCUAUCAUUUGUUUUAUUUUUAAUUCUUUCUGAUGGAUGUUGGAUGUGAUUCUAUCACCUUGACGUCACAGUUCCAAAGGAAAUAAUGUUUAUGGUAUUGAUAUUACAAUUCUAAAGUGUUUACAAAUUGAUAACUUUUACUAUUACCAAAAACACGGAUUUGAUGAAUAGAAUGAUAUAUGCAGAGAGUGAAUUAACCAAUGGCAGGCACCUGUGAAACCGGUAAAUAUACAGUGCAUUCGUAAAGUAUUCAGACAUCUUGACUUUUUCAAAAUGUUGUUACUUUACAGCCUUAUUCU